AUGCCUUCUGCUAGUCUGCUAGUCUCUGCUAAGAGAAUUAGCACUAUGCAAUCUCUAAGACAAAUUAAUUUGAAUCUAGCAAGAUCUUUGUCUACCCUCACAACACGUGCCGGUCAAUCCACAUUCAAUAACAACAAAAGAUUACUAGAUUCUUCAAAGAGAGUUGUUUAUUCAAAGAGAACCAUCUCUUCUAUUAAUGGUGUCGGUACUUCUGGUACUAGAUCCACCGUAGUCCAAUUAUUAAACAAUAUUAGUACCAAGAGAGAAGUUGAACAAUAUUUGAAAUAUUUCACAUCUGUCUCUCAACAACAAUUCGCUAUUAUUAAAGUUGGUGGUGCUAUUAUCUCUGAUAACUUACAAGAACUAGCUUCAUGUUUGGCUUUCUUAUAUCAUGUUGGUUUAUAUCCAAUUGUUCUUCAUGGUACUGGUCCACAAGUUAACGGGAGAUUGGAAGCCGAAGGGAUCGAGCCUGACUAUAUUGACGGGAUUAGAAUCACUGAUGAACAUACUAUGGCUGUUGUCAGACAAUGUUUCCUUGAACAAAACUUGAAAUUAGUCAAUGCCCUUGAAAAAUUAGGUGUUAGGGCCAGACCAAUCACUUCAGGUGUCUUUACAGCAAACUAUCUAGAUAAAGAUAAAUAUAAAUUAGUUGGGGAUAUUAGUGGCGUCAAUAAAAAUGCUAUCGAAUCAUCGAUUAAAGCUGGUGCUUUACCAAUUUUAACCUCUUUGGCAGAAACUCCAUCUGGUCAAAUGUUAAACGUUAAUGCUGAUGUUGCUGCUGGUGAAUUGGCUCGUGUCUUUGAACCAUUGAAAAUUGUUUAUUUGAAUGAAAAAGGUGGUAUCAUUAAUGGAGAAACUCAUGAAAAAAUCUCCAUGAUUAACUUGGAUGAAGAAUAUGACGAUCUUUUGAAACAAAGCUGGGUUAAAUAUGGUACUAAAUUAAAGAUCAAAGAAAUCAAGGAAUUAUUAGAUUAUUUACCACGUUCUUCUUCUGUCGCCAUCAUUAAUGUUCAAGAUUUACAAAAAGAAUUGUUUACUGAUUCAGGUGCUGGUACAAUGAUUAGAAGAGGUUACAAAUUAUUGAAAAGAUCAUCUCUUGGUGAAUUCCCAUCUACCGACUUGUUAAGACAAACUUUAGAGAAGGAUGCAGAUGUUGUCUCCGGUAACGAAUCUGUCUCUAUUUACUUAAGAUCUCUUGAAACUGCCAAAUUCGUCUCUUAUUCAGAUGAACCACUAGAGGCAUUAGCUAUUGUUAAGGAAGAUGAAAACAUUAUUCCUGUCUUAGACAAAUUUGUUUGUACUAAUGCUGCUUGGUUAAAUAACGUCACUGAUAACGUUUUCAAUGCUUUGAAACGUGAUUUCCCAUCUUUACAAUGGGUUGUCAGUGAAGAUGAUCCAAACAUUGCUUGGCAUUUCGAUAAGUCUCAAGGUUCUUAUUUGAAGAACGGUAAAGUCUUAUUCUGGUAUGGUGUUCAAGACAUUAACACUGUAUCACAACUAGUUAGUGACUUUGUUAAAAAGACAACUGCAGCUGCUAACGGUUACAAUGCUUCUAAUUCAAGCGGCGUAUUCAAGAAUGGCAAAUCUAGUAGAGCUUACUCUACUAGAUCCACUCCAAAACCAAAUGGUGUUAACACCAAACCAGGUCGUAUUGGUUUAAUUGGUGCUAGAGGGUUCACUGGUCAAAAUAUUUUGGCUUUAAUUGACAAUCAUCCACAUUUUGAAAUUGCUCAUGUUUCAUCUCGUGAAUUGAAAGGUCAAAAAUUGAAAGGUUACAAGAAAGCUGAAAUUAUCUAUGAAAAUCUACAAGCCGAAGAUAUUAAACGUCUAGAGGCUAAAGGUGAUAUCGAUUUCUGGAUCAUGGCUUUACCAAACAAUAUUUCUGAACCAAUUGUUCAAGCAAUUGAAAGUGUCAACGGUAAUUCUAAGAUCCUAGAUCUAUCAGCCGAUCACAGAUUUGUACCUGAAACCGAAUGGGUUUAUGGUUUACCAGAAUUAAAUGAUAGAGAAAGAUUAGCCAAUGCCAGAAAGAUUUCCAAUCCAGGUUGUUAUGCUACUGGUUCUCAAAUGUCCAUUGCCCCAUUAUUGAAUCACGUCGAUGGCUUACCUACUGUGUUUGGUGUCUCCGGUUAUUCAGGUGCAGGUGCUAAACCAACUCCAAAGAAUGAUCCUAAGUUUUUAAACAACAAUUUGAUUCCAUAUGCUUUGACCAAUCAUAUCCACGAACGUGAAAUCUCUACCCGUAUGGGACAUGAUGUUGCGUUCAUGCCUCACGUUGGUCAAUGGUUCCAAGGUAUUAGUUUAACCGUCUCUAUUCCAAUCAAGAAGGGUUCUCUAACUUCCGAACAAGUUGAAAAUAUCUACAGGAAAUUCUAUGAUGGUGAGAAAUUGGUCCAUGUUCAAAAGGACGUUCCUUUAGUCAAGGACAUAUCUGGUACUCAUGGUGUAGCCAUCGGUGGCUUUAAAGUGAACGAUGCUGGUGACCGUGUAGUUGUCUGUGCAACCAUCGACAAUUUGCUAAAGGGUGCAGCUACUCAAGCUGUUCAAAACAUGAACUUAGCCAUGGGUUACGGCGAAUACGCUGGUAUUCCAGAGGAUAAGAUCGUUCAAUAA